AUGCUGAAAGAUCAGAUGUGGAAAUUGGUGCAUGUAUAUCCUGACCAUCGCCGUACUUUAGUAACUGCCAGGCUUGUUAUGAUGGGCCUCAAGUUACGUACUAUUGUUCUGGACAACCUAUCAACACACGUUUGCUGUAUCUACAAAACCGAACCAUGUUACUUUCCAGCCACUAUCGAAACUUUUGCACGCGAUUUUGGUAUGCUUCUCGGGGUAACAUCGCAAAUCAAGCAACCUGUGUGUUCCACUGUGAAAGCUCUUGAAGCAGACAAGCCCAUCGAAAGCUCUAAUUAUGAAACAACCACAAACAAACCUGAACUACUACUUCCUUGUCCAAUGUCGCCCAAAAAAGCAGCAAAAACUAUUUAA